CGGCAGCACGAAGCUCACUCACUAGUCACUAGUCACUACCCAGCAGCCGAUCGAUCGCGCUAGGUGUCUCACACUCUCGCUAACAAGAGAGUCUAGCUAGAGAUUACCUAGAUAAUUACCAGGAGCUCGAUCCAGCGAUCAGCCAUGGCGCUCGCGUCUCUCCCCAAGGUGAUCCUCGGCUCGCUGGCCUUCGCUGUGUUCUGGAUGAUGGCGGUGUUCCCGUCCGUCCCGUUCCUGCCCAUCGGCCGCACCGCGGGGUCCCUACUUUCCGCCGUGCUCAUGAUCGUCUUCCACGUCAUCUCCCCAGACGACGCCUACGCCUCCAUCGACCUCCCCAUCCUCGGCCUCCUCUUCUCCACCAUGGUCGUCGGCGGCUACCUCAAGAACGCCGGCAUGUUCAAGCACCUCGGCACCCUGCUGGCGUGGAAGAGCCAGGGCGGCCGCGACCUGCUCAGCCGCGUCUGCGUCGUCACGGCCCUCGCUUCGGCGCUCUUCACAAACGACACCUGCUGCGUCGUGCUCACCGAGUUCGUCCUCGAGCUCGCCGCUGAGCGCAACCUCCCGGCCAAGCCUUUCCUCCUGGCCCUCGCCUCCAGCGCCAACAUCGGCUCCAGCGCCACCCCCAUCGGCAACCCGCAGAACCUCGUCAUCGCGUUCAACAGCAAGAUCUCCUUCCCGAGGUUCCUGCUCGGCAUCCUGCCGGCCAUGCUCGCCGGUAUGGCCGUCAACAUGGUCAUGCUCCUCUGCAUGUACUGGAAGGACCUCGAGGGCGUGUCCCCCGACGCUGUCGACGCCGGCAAGCAGAUGCACGCCGUCGAGGAAGGCCGGUCACCCUCAAUCGCGUCCCUCAAGAGCCCGCUCAAGAGCCCGCACACUCUCAACCCUCUCAACGGCAGCGCCAUCAACGACGAUGGUGAGUCGAUGAUGGAGGAGAACCUCUCGACGAAGCACCCGUGGUUCAUGCAGUGCACGGAGCACCACCGGAAGCUCUUCCUCAAGAGCUUCGCCUACAUCGUCACCGUCGGCAUGGUGGUCGCCUACAUGGUCGGGCUCAACAUGUCGUGGACCGCCAUCACCACUGCCAUCGCGCUCGUCGUCGUCGACUUCCGGGACGCCGAGCCGUGCCUCGUCAAGGUGUCCUACUCGCUGCUCGUCUUCUUCUCCGGGAUGUUCAUCACGGUCAGCGGGUUCAACAAGACCGGCCUGCCCAGCGCCAUCUGGAACUUCAUGGCGCCCUACUCCAAGGUCAACAGCGCCGGCGGCAUCUCCGUCCUCUCCAUCAUCAUCCUCCUCCUCUCCAACCUCGCCUCCAACGUACCAACAGUGCUUCUGAUGGGGAACGAGGUGGCUACCGCGGCGGCGUUGAUCUCCCCGGCAGCAGUGACUCGGUCAUGGCUACUGCUGGCGUGGGUGAGCACGGUGGCGGGGAACCUGUCGCUGCUAGGGUCGGCGGCGAACCUGAUCGUGUGCGAGCAGGCGCGCCGUGCCCCACGCAACGCCUAUGAGCUCACUUUCUGGAACCACCUCAUCUUCGGCGUCCCCUCCACCCUCAUCGUCACCGCCGUAGGCAUCCCCCUCAUCGGAAAGAUGUAGACCUUACCGCCGCCCGUUGUGGCCGAUCCAGCUAUAUAUGCGCAAUACUUUCAUUACACCUGCCGUCCUGCCCGUAUGUACGUACACACAUACCCACCGUAUAUAUGGACACUUGUACGUUUGUAUAGGUGUUAGCUUCUGUUUGGUAUGUGUAAGUUUGCUGUGUACGUAUGUAACGACCGACCGAAGAUUAGAGAGAAGAAUCAAGGGAUGAAGAUCCAUAUAUACCACGGUGUGCUAAUUAAUUGAGCAGUGCACCGAGAUGAUUGGUCUGCA